GGCGGGUGCUGUACGUGUUGUUUUUGUUGAGGAACGCAGUCGACAUCUUUACUGGCGGCGACUGAAGUAAACACUAAAAUCUUUUUUUCUGUUUUGAAUAAUAGUUUUUUUGGGGGGACUUUACGAACACUAGGGAGAAGUGGAGGCUUUUUGCUUGGUGAUUCAGUCGAACGUCUUUUUAUUGUCUUCAAAAGAUGGGGAGUCAGUACCAGCGCUCAGUACCACUGGAGGUAAGGAGAGCAGAGGGAGAGCGUGUCCGAGCCAAGCAUCCUGACAAGAUACCGAUCAUCGUAGAGCGGGCCCAGAGGUCUCGAGCCCCUGACGUGGAUAAGAAGAAAUACUUGGUGCCCUCAGAUUUAACAGUGGGCCAGCUGUGCUUCCUGAUCCGUCAGCGCGUUUCUUUGAGGCCAGAGGAGGCGCUCUUCUUCUUCGUCAACAACUCCCUGCCCCCCUCCAGCUCGCCUCUCUCUGCCGUCUAUGAGGAGCACCAUGAAGAAGACCUGUUCCUCUACCUGACCUACAGCAACGAGAGCGUCUACGGGGCUUGACAAAAGCACACCGAAUCAGCCGUUAAGACGACAACAAGAAAUUGGGGGGAUGGAGGGAAGAGAGGAGGACUAAAGUGUUCUGUUUGCUAAAACUUCAGGCUAUUACAGCGGUACCUCGGUUUUUGUAAAUACAGUCGUCCCUCAUAUAUCGCUGUUCAUUUACCACGGUAAAUUAGUUUCUGCAAAGUAGGAAUAAUUAAUCAUUAAUUGAAUAUUUUCAUAGCUACAGCAUAAAAAAUGUGUUUACUACCAUAAUGACAUCCCUCUAGAUAUGAAAUACCAACCUUUAGUCACCUUUACACUCUUAAUCCAAUAUAGUAAUGCUGCCUGAGGCUUAGCCAAUCAGCGGCCACGAUACUAAACAGAGUGCGCUGCUUGGUUUGGUCUCAUAUAGAGGCCAUUACGACUGUCAUAUUGAUUUUUUUAGUUAAUUUAACCAUUUUUAUGCUUCUAAUGUAUUAAUUUGGGGCAAACAUUUUUAGACAAGACAAAAAGAGCUGGACUAAGUAGCUGGGGAGAGGGAAGUCUGGGACUCCCUGCUUAGGCUGCUGCCCCCGCGACCCGACUUUGGAUAAACAGAAGAAGAUGAAUAGAUUGAUUUUUAGCCAAAAUAAACAUUUGUAGAAUAUGCUUAAAAUAUACAAUAUCUCCCAAAAAUAUGAAAUUUGGUGAAGCCGCAAUAUUUGAAGCGUGAUGUCAGUCCAAAAUCCAUCCAUUUUCUUCCGCUUAUCUGAGGUUGGGUCGCGGGGGCAGCAGCCUAAGUAGGGAAGCCCAGACUUCUCCUUCCCCAGUUACUUCGUCCAGCUUCUCCCGGGGGAUCCCGAGACAUUCCCAGGCCAGCCGUGAGACAUAAUCUUCCCAACUUGGCCUGGGUCUUCCUCGUGGCCUCCUACGGCUUGGACGACAGAACUUCUCACCCUAUCUCUAAGAGAGAUCUCCGCCACCUGAUGAGGAAACUUAUUUCAUCCGCCUGUACCCGAGAUCUUGUCCUUUUGGUCAUAACCCAAAGCUUAUGACCAUAGGUGAGGAUGGGAAUGUAGAUUGACCGGUAAUUUGAGAGCCGUCCCUUCUGGUUCAGCUCCUUCUUUACCACAACGGAUCGAUACAGUGUCUGCAUUACUGCAGACACCGCACCAAUCCACCGGUCGAUAUCACAAUCCAUUCUUCCCUCACUUGUGAACUCAGAGGGACUUGAACUCCGCCACUUGGGGCAAGAUCUCUUCCCCAACCUGGAGAUGGCUCUCCACCCUUUUCCGGGCGAGAACCAUGAACUUGUACUUGGAAUUGCUGAUUAUCCUCCCAGUCCUUUCACACUCUGUUACAAACCGAUCCAGUGAGAUCUGAAAAUCUUGGCCAGAUGAAGCCAUCAGGACCACACCAUCUGCAACAAGCAGACACCUAAUCCUGCAGCCAACAAACCGGAUCCUUUCAACGCCAUGACUGCGCCUAGAAAUUCUGUCCAUAAAAGUUAUGAACAGAAUCAGUGACAAAAAGUAGCCCUGGUGGAGUUCAACCCCCACUGACAAUGCAGACCUCUAGACCGCCACAAUAAGACAGUCCGAUACCCCAUACUCUCUGAGCACUCCCCACAGGACUUCCCGAGGGACAGGCUCGAAUUCCUUCUCCAAGUCCACAAAGCACAUGUAGACUGGUUGGGCAAACUCCCAUGCACCCUCAAGGACCCUGUCCAGAGUAUAGACCUGGUCUAAAGUCCAAAAUCUCAGGUGAAGACCCAACCAAAUUUCUCUGUAAGAAAUCACGUAAAUCAGAUUAAUCCCUUCCAGACAUAAACACUUUAUGUAGUUUUACAUGCAAAAAAAAAGUGUAAUCCGUAUAAAUUAACAUUUAACAUGAACAUUUAACAUUCCUCCUGCCUUUAUCGAUUAAAAAAGCUAAAAGUGGAAAGUUUCAGUUCAGUUUUUCAGUUUAUUUUCAGUGUGACAAAAACAUAUCCAAACAUAGAUCACGAUUCAAAAAUGAAUAACAUGACUGAAGCAGGCAGAAGCAAAAAAGCUUAUAUGCCCAACAUAAAAAUGUUUUACAUUCAAUUAAGUUACCUUUUCUAAUAAUUCUGCAACACAAAAAGAAAUAUAGUCAUUCAGCAUUUACAUUUAAGUUGCCCUUUAACAGACAAUACACAAAUAUGUACUUUUUUGUAAAUAGAUAAACAUACAUACCUUCUAAAUACAACAUUUAACCAAACAAACAUGCAUUUCUAGUUCACAUAACUUUUUAAAAUACAUUGUCACAUGUUCUUUUUGAAAUUAAAUACUGAGUCACUCUUUUUUAUUUCUUUACCAACAGAAUUCCACAAAUUAACACCGAGAACAGAUAAACAUCUACGUUUAACAACAAGUCUUGCUUUUGGUAAAAUAAACUUAGAUUCAUCUCUUAAAUUGUAUUUGCUGGUCUGUAGAGAAAGUCCCAACGAUAGUCUCACACACACACACACACACACACACACACACUAGGUGUGGUGAAAUUACCCUCUGCAUUUGACCCACCCCCUUUUUCCGACCCCUUUGGAGGUGAGGGGAGCAGCGAGCAGCACCGGUGGCCGCGCUCGGGAAUCAUUUGGUGAUUUAACCCCCAAUUCCAACCCUUGCAACUAAGUGUAAUCCGUAUAAAUUAACAUCUAACAUGAAAAUGUAACAUUCCUCUUAAAGUUUAAAGUACCAAUGAUUGUCACACACAUACUAGAUGUGGCGAAAUUAUUCUCUGCAUUUGACCCAUCACCCUUGAUCACCCCCCUGGGGGGUGAGGGGAGCAGUGGGCAGCAGCGGUGCCGCGCCCGGGAAUCAUUUAUGGUGAUUUAACCCCCAAUUCCAACCCUUGAUGCUGAGUGCCAAGCAGGGAGGUAAUGGCUCCCAUUUUUAUAGUCUUUGGCUUUAUCUAUAAAAAAAGUUAAAAGUUAGUCCCGAGGAGAGUCACACACACACACACACACACACCCACACCCACACACUAGGUGUGGUUAAACUACCUUCUGCAUUUGACCCAUACACUUUUUCCACCCCCUGGCAGGUGAGGGGAGCAGUGAACAACAGCGGUGGCCGCGCUCGGGAAUCAUUUUGUGAUUUAACCCCCAAUUCCAACCCUUGCUGCUGAGUGGGAGGCAAUGGGUCCCAUUUUAAAAAUCUCUGGUAUGACUCGGCCGGGGUUUGAACCCACGACCAUCCAGUCUUAGGGCGGACACCCUAACCACAAGGCAGGUCUUUUAGAAAUGUUAGACAAGGAGGAUGGGAGAAGAAAGUCACCUUCGUACUUUGCUAUGAGUUCUUUUAAGCAUUCAAUAGUGUUUCUCACCUUCUUUAUCAAAGUGUUGACACUCAGGACUUUCUUUGGCCCCGCGACGGCUCGCUCCACAGCCGUACAUUACACUAUAGGAAAACCGGGGCCAAAUUUUGCGUGUUCCUGGAAGAGCGAGGACGUACAAAAACCGAGGUACCACGUUGUUUUUAUUCUACUAUAUCAGUGUAUUGGACGAAUGCUGAAAAGUGCAGUUUUAUUACCAUUAAAGGCUUAGCCUUCUUUUUCUUGGAAAUCGAAAAAAGAACUAAAAAAGGAACAGUGAUGGAAAAAGGAAGUCGUCUUAUGAUCUUUGAUAGAGUUCCCCUCAUCUCAGUAUUUAAUUGUGUUUUUGUACAAUUUUAUGGCAAAUAAAAGAUGCAGAAAAAAAAGGGAAAAAAAAGCAAA